CCGGCCUUGGAAAACAAGGUGGGGUUACCUGCCAGAUCUAGGACCACAUUACUACAAUCUAACUCGCUCACAUGAUUCUACAAAUCUCAGUGAACCACACCCAAAGAAAAAAAAAAAAAUUCUCUUCAGACCCAAAAACAACAUAAAUAUGUUUAUUUGCUCGGGGUAGUUCUCAUUCAGGGUGGUUUGCAACCCGGCAACAAUGCAAGCGAGCCCCUUUACUUCUCUGAAACAAGUCACCUCCUUUUCUUUUCAUCUUCUCCAUCUUCUUCACUUGUCUCCAUUUUGUCCUAAACCCCAAAUUUCAUUUUGAUUUCCCUGGCGUACAUUCUGAUCUUUGAAACUAGAAACAUUUACUUAUUCUCUUGCCAGAUUUAACAAAGCCCCCCCACUUUAGAUUCUCCAACGAAAUCUAACAGCACAUGUAACAGAAAAGAAUCUGUAAUUGCUGAACAGUGCUAAAAAAAAGAAAGAAAAACAAAAUGAAAGACAGCAAGAAAGAUUCAGAGAAAGUGGUGUGGGAUCAGAUUCAGAUGAGAAGCGCAUCAGGCAACCCGCUUGUUCCUGGACCCUCAGCUCGACCCAUUCCCAAGCUCAUGGUCUGGUUAAUCCUCUUCGUUUCGGUUACCUACGUUAUGUACACUCUUAACCUCUUAACAACUUCGGCUCAACAAACGUGUGACGCCCCAUUUACUGCUACUCUCCAUCGCUCUUCACACUUUCCCAACAAAACAAGCUUGACAUCUCCUCACUUGAGUCUCAAUAAAACGUCUGAGACAACGACACGCCUUCACCAUCGAGAUGUCCGAGAAAAACCAGUGGUAGUACAAAUACAACGGACUCCACCCAAACCAAACCUGACUGAAAUUCACGACGUGGUUUUUGGAAUCGCAGCUUCUUCCAAGCUAUGGCAGCAGAGGAAGUACAUUAAAGAUUGGUACAAGCCAAACCAAAUGCGAGGCGUAGUUUGGCUCGAUGAUCGCGUGAACUCCCCCGAAGACAAGCGAACCCUUCCACCGGUUCGAGUCUCCAGCGACACUUCCAACUUCGCGUACACGAACCGGCAAGGUCACCGGUCCGCGAUUCGGAUCUCGCGGAUCGUGACGGAGACGUUGAGGCUCAAGAUGGAUAACGUCAGGUGGUUCGUGAUGGGUGACGACGACACCGUUUUUAUCACGGAUAAUCUGGUUAGGAUCUUAAGGAAAUAUGAUCAUACCCAGUAUUAUUACAUAGGGAGCUUGUCGGAAUCUCAUAUUCAGAAUUUUUUCUCGUACGGCAUGGCUUACGGCGGCGGCGGCUGCAUUAGCUACCCAUUGGCUAAGGCUUUGGCAAAGAUGCAAGACCGGUGUAUUCAGAGAUACCCCGGAUUGUACGGCUCCGAUGAUCGAAUGCAGGCUUGUAUGGCUGAACUCGGUGUUCCACUCACUAAGGAACUCGGUUUCCACCAGUAUGACGUGUAUGGGAACUUGUUUGGACUCCUUGCUGCACAUCCUGUUACGCCAUUGGUGUCACUGCAUCACCUUGAUGUUGUUGAGCCUAUCUUCCCCAAUGUGACCAGGGUUCAAGCCCUUCAGCGGCUUAUGCUACCUUCAAAGCUGGAUUCAGCAGGGAUCAUGCAGCAGUCCAUCUGCUAUGACAAAACUAAGAGUUGGACCAUUUCAGUUUCAUGGGGUUUUGCUGUUCAAAUUUUUAGAGGAAUCUUUUCACCUAGGGAGAUGGAAAUGCCUUCGAGAACAUUCUUGAAUUGGUACAGGAGAGCAGAUUACACGGCAUAUGCAUUCAACACUCGUCCUGUUAGCCGAAAUCCAUGCCAAAAACCUUUUGUGUUUUACAUGUCAAGGGUGAGAACGGAUUCUGAACUAAAUCAGACUGUGAGUGAGUAUGAGCGGCACCGUGUUCCUCACCCUCCCUGUAGAUGGAAGAUGGCUGAUCCUGCUGAGCUUGAUACGGUGAUUGUCAACAAGAAACCUGACCCACAUCUAUGGGAUAGAUCGCCGAGAAGAAACUGUUGCAGGGUCAUGGAAUCGAAGGGGCAAGGAACCAUGGUGGUGAAUGUGGGUGUAUGUAAGGAUGGUGAGGUCAGUGAAAUAUAGUGAUUGAAGUUGAUUGUUUUAGGUGCUAGCUUCUUGUUUUUCUUCUUUCACCCUUGAUCACUGUCAUUCCUAAUUUUUUUCUUAAUUUACCCCCCAAGUCUCCAAUUUUGUAUCUGUCUGCAAGAGUAGAGACUGUCAUUAGGGAAACAAAAAGCAAAAUGUAUGUUGUAUAAAAAGUCCAUACAACUUUAAUACAUAUCUUAGUCUGGUAUCA